CAUCUGGCGGUGCGGCGGGGCUCUCGACUCUAAACACAACUCAAUCGGUGGCGCGCGCGUGGCCCGGACGGACGUACCCGCGUACCCGGCCUGUCGGUCGCCAUAAACAAAACGCAAACAAAUACAACAAAGUUAUCGGCGGAAACUAAACAGAAUAACGGAGUUAAUAAAUAAAACUUUCCAAGGAAAAUCAAGGAAAUAGUGAUGGUUUAACGUGACGUUAUAAAACAGUGAUAUUUUUGUGGGAGAUCGUAAAAGUUUAACAAAAACAGGAGUUCUAAACUUUCCAAUGAACGCGAGCCAUGUGACUACGGCGAGAGCGGCGAAGCAAGAUUUGUGAUGUGGCUAAUAGCGGCGUUGCUGGCCGCGUGCGCAGCGGUCGGUGGCGCGAUGUCGUGCAACGAGGCGCGCACGCGCUGCGCCUACCGCACGGGCUGCGGCGCCGCGCUCGGCAACUACAUGAUGAUGUGUGAGGCUGUGCUCUCGGAACCCACUGCCUCAUCCACGUGUCCCAGGGAGUGUGGCAACGCUUUGAUCGCGUUGACGUCCACUGAAGAAGGGAAGGAGUUGAUGAAUUGUGAAUGUGAGGACGAGUAUUGCUUGGAGGCGAAACAGCGCAUUGACAUCUGUCGACCACAGGUGAUGAAGGGAGCAGCCAAUGCCACCUCCUCCUGCAGCCUGUCGCAGCUCAUCUGCCUGGCAGAUGCGCAGUGCGCCACUGCCCUGCAAUACUACCACAGGCUGUGCCGCUCCAUGUUCAGAGGCAGAAAGUGCUCAAACAAGUGCCUUAACUCCAUAGAAAUCUUAAGAAAGCAAGAGAAAGCUGCAGCGCUAACCGCGUGCCAAUGUGACGGCAACGACUACGACUGCCCGAGAAUGCAGAGCAACUUAGCGAGGCUAUGCUACCACAAGAUGAAGAACCACACAAAGAACCACCACGGGGAAAAACAGAAAAAGCCCCCCGUGGAAGAAGUGCCAGUGGUCAGUGCAGCGAAUUUGGUCCGAAUAUCCGGGCUCAUAGCGUUGAUAUCCGUGUGCAGUAGCAGCUUCAUCACGUGAUACCGUCUCAACGGAAAUAACCAAUAGUUUAAAGUGUACAGUAACGGACAUUGUCAUAAGGACACUGCCAUAGAAGAGACUAUUCGAGUGAAGGAUUGUGUAGUGUUUUUAGAUAGAAGUAAUAUUGGCUAAGUAGGCGUUAAAUUGAAGUACAAUAACCAUAGGUAGUGUAAAUAAUGUAAAAACAGUAUUAGUUAAGUUAAGGUUAUCGUGAGGGAAUCAAGGGUAAUUAUGUAGAUUGUUGUUUAUAUUUUAACUAUUGUCUUAAUAUGAGAGUGAAUGUGUCGCCGCCCACGGGUUGCGCAGGCGUCGCUAUAAAUACGGCGGCGCCGGUGGUCCGGUGACAAAUGCUGGAGUGUUCCCGAUGUUGCGCCGCACGUCGAUUGAUCUAACGACUGUUCCGGUAACACCAUCAUCCUCACAUAUUUACGUCAAAUAUAUUUUUUCUAUCCCUUUCUUUGUCGGUUGGUGUAAAAGGGACGGUGUGAGUUGAGUCGUGUAAGAGAUGUGUAGGAAUUAGGGAAGUGGCUGGUCUAAUGACAUAGUCGUGGCUAAAUCCGGUGCACGGCACUAAUCGUUCCAAGUGAUGUAGGGCGUCGGUUAACGUUUUACAAAUAUGCGACAUGGGAUGCCAGAAUUUUUUUCUGAACAUCUUUUGAAUCAUUUCUUUGACAUCCGUUUGAAAUGUUUUAUUUUUUAAUAUGUUUGUUGCGUUAGAGAUGAAUGUGUGUGCUUUAUAUUUAGAUUUGUCAUCAAUUAGCGGUGUAAUGUCAGGAAUGAUUGAGUGUGUUGUACUCGUAGCCACUCGGUCCACAGAUAACUAGUUCAAGUGAUAUAUAUUCGGUGUUGCCGUUGCCAGUGAUUUGAUUGAGCGAUUUUUUUAAAGCAUUUGUCUGAAAUUAAAACACUUUAUUAACGCGGUCUGAUUUCCAUUCUUGUGUCAAGAGAACUUGAGCAGAUUUGCGUGAAUUUGCGAUCCAAUUGUGAUCAUCAUUGAGAUCCGGGAAAAUCAAUCGUACGAAGUUAUCGUAACAUUCAUUAAUGCUAAAAUAUUGAAAUCAGAUACAAUUCACAUUCCGACGCAUUUUUUCGAAAGACAAAUUCCCACAUUGUGUGUGAUUGAGAUAUCGCACCGCAAAAGGCGGUUUUUUUUCAAAGUAUCUAUUUCGUUUAGAAUGUUGCAAGCGUACGUGGGGCUCGUAAAGUAGUGGCAACGUAAACGUAUGAAAAUGCGUAGGUCUGUAUUGUGCGUCCGUUUCUUAGUAACUCAGUACAGUAAUGAAGAGGGCAACCGGUCCACGGAACUGGUAUCACGACCACGAGAUCAAAUCAGAAUAACGUGAAUGAAAUACUUUUGUUACGAUUUUGAGACGGUCAGUCUGUGAAUUAAUGGUUCGUAUGUGUGUGUUUUUGUCAUAUCCAUUCCUAAAAAUGUAGUUAGAUCUUUGGAUUUCCUUCUUCAUUGUUACGUUCAGAACAAUCGUCUUUAUCGUCUAGCAGCUUGAAUGUAUCACUUUAUUCUAUUUUUUUAAAUUAGGGAAUGAUUCUAUCAUUUCAGGUUUCUAGAAAUUUAGACUUAUUUAUGCUUUGCUCUAUUCUUGACAUUAUAAACAUUUACGUUUUACCCAUAUAACCUUAUGAAGCAUGUAUUAAUUCAAUCGCAAAGACAAUAAGUAUUAAAAUCCCAUGCACAUCCUCGGUACUCAUACAACAGUCUGAUACAUAUCUUUAACGACAUGCGCAUACGACAUCUGUAAGAUCGAACAUUAAGGCCUAAAACACACCGGCGGACGACAUACUACGCGACUCCCAUCCGUAUGUUAUAGUCGCCAUAGUUAAAGUUUAUUUUAAAUUGAUUUAUUCUCUAUAUCUUCGCCUUGCCGCCGGUGUGCACCGGGUCUUAGUGCGCAGUUUGCAUAGAUUACACGCGAUACAUUUAAGGCAGUUUUGCAGUAGAGGACAUGAAUGACGUCACGACCAUAUAUCUUCUCAUACAAGUGUCAUGUAGACAUGGUACGUUUUGUAUGCAACAAGCAAGCGACGGUGAACUAAUGUCUCGUCGCCCGAAUCAUGUCUAAUGUAUAAUGCAACAGUUACGCGCAGAAUACCAAUUGAUGUUGUUUUUUUUACUUUGUAGGCUACUGAGUAAAUUGUAUGAUCGACACUUCUGUGUAUUGUUCGUGUAUUGACACAUUACAUUAUUGGUGUUGGUUUAAUUUGUAUUAUGUUGAAGUGUAAAGUCGUUCUGUAUGACUCGCCAAUUUUCUUUAUUUGCGUUUUAUAUUUUCAUGUUGACUGUACCGGUCUUGUGUAUCUCCUUAUUGACACUAUUUUAUUCAAUUACCGCUGUCUGAAAAAGUAAAUUUUCAGAGACAUUCUUAAAAAGAAAACUUAUAUUUUAAGUAUUUUUUCUUAUUCAGUUUCAGAAAAAACACGAACUAUUUGUUGUUUAUAAUACUUAUGUCAUUAAAUCAAUACAGUAUAGAUUAUACCUCAAUUUAAUUACAUUUAAUGUGUUCAUUAGCUUGAUAUUGAUAUGUGUGUGUGUGUGUGUAUGGAUACCUGUGUGUAAUAAUAGCGCGCCAUUUUUAUUUCGAAUUCUAAAUUCAAAUUAUUGUAACCGUUGCACUAUGUGUAACUUCUGCAAAUUGCUUACAUUGUAUAGAGUUCAAAAUUUUAGCUUUUUAAUGCAAAUUUUCCAGUUUUUUUUAGGUUAAGUAGAUAAUUAUGUAGUUCUAGUUAUAAGAGAAGUAACUCAUUAACCACAGUUUACCAAAGUGAGAUUAUUAGACUAGUACAAGAAUUGUAAAUAGUUUUUAGUUUGUAAUUUUAGUUUUUAUUGUCAUUGCAUUGUUUUAGAAAUAUAAAAAGUUCGUACAAAGUAUUCUAGGAUAAAAGUGAAUAAUUUAUUGAAUUAAUUAGAAUUUUAGCACAAUAAGAAUUGUUGUAUUUUGUUUCGUUUUGUACAAUUAUUUUAAGGAUUUUAAUUGUAUUUAUUUUACAAAAUUGCAAUAAAUUUUCUGUUUUCUAAA